AUGUGGUCAGCUAUCCAAAAAGUCAUUCCCAUUGGAGAAAACCUACAGAGAAGGGGUGUUACACAGGAAGCCAAAUGUAUAAGAUGUGGAGAGUUGGAAUCAGAAGCUCACAUUUUCUUCAAGUGCGACUUUGCUAAAAAGGUAUGGCAGCAGUUUAAUCUUUCACCAACUGUGGACAUCGCUUCUCAGACAAGACUCAAAGCGGUGCUAGUAACCUCCAGGACAAACUGCUGCCUCCCACCUCUAGGAGUCACCACCAACAUACUUCCCUGGAUCUUCUGGUCUCUGUGGACAGCAAGGAAUACACUAAUCUUCGAGAAGAAAACCUACACAGUGGAAGACACGGCCAUAAGAGGAAUCAAGUUAGCUAGGGAAUGGAUUCAAGCUGAACCGGCUCCACACGCAUCAUCAGUAAGAGCUAGGAGAGGAAUUACCAACAGGCCACGCCUCGAGACAACCCACAGAUCCUCUACCGACAUCACAAGUUGCAAAACUGACGCGGCGUGGGAUAAGAAGACCAACACAGCCGGAAUUUCUUGGAUCAUCGAAGAUCUUCCCCGAUCCAUCGACUUGCGGGGUGUGAUGGUCCAGCAAAACGUCUCCUCUCCUCUUGUGGCUGAAGCUUUGGCGGUGAGGGAAGCUCUCCAAACGGCGUCCUCUUUGAGUGUGACACACCUUCGGAUGUACUCCGACAACCAAACCCUGAUCAGGGCCAUCAACGAAAAACUGUUCGAGAAAGAGAUCUAUGGCAUCUUGAACGAUAUCGAAGCUUUCUUUUCUCUGUUUGUCGAUUUAGUUUUCUUCUAUCUCCCUAGGGCUGAGAAUGGGCAUGCUGAUGCAUUAGCCAAAUACAUUCUCAGAAACCCAAACCAUGUAAUGGACCGGCCCAUGGGCUAA